GCUAGAAUAAAUGAACUAAAGGCUGAGUUAGAACAAAUAGCGCAAAAAGCUUUAUUAAAGAAUAUCGAUACUACCCAGUCUCUUCACGAGAUUAGAGUGAAGGAAUUGAAAAACGAACUAGAGCAAGUUAUGCGAAAUUCAACAUUUAAAGAUGGAUUAAUUUUCUGCCUCAGGUCUAGAGUAAGUGAUCUAGAAGAUGAACUAGAAGAGAUCUCUCUAAAAUUAGAUCUGCCAUCUAAUGAUUUAAGAAUAGGUGGUGAUGCUAUAGAAGAGAUAUCUGAUAGUGGAGCCCCUGAUAGACCACGCUGA